AUGGUUCACGUCCCCGAGAAAGGUGCCAAGGGGCAUCUCGAAGAUGUCCACAUUGCCCAGGAGGAGGCGCCCCAGUUUGAGAGAGUCUCCUGGACUAGAGAUCCCAAUCUUCGCAAGCUAUAUCUCUGGGGCAGCGUGCUGAUGGUUGCCUCUGCCACCACUGGUUACGAUGGAAUGUUGGUAAAUACGUCGCAGCAGAUUGAUCUCUGGACAAAAUUCUUCCCCGAGGCCGACCCGCACAACGCCAUGGGCACACAGUAUCUUGGUCUCCUGGUCAACAUGUUCAGCAUUGGCAGUAUUAUCAGUUUCUUCGUCACACCUUAUGUGGCUGAUCACUAUGGACGAAAGAUUGCCAUUGUCAUUGGAUGUCUGUUCAUGGUUCUCGGUGGUUGCUUGACUGCAUUUUGUAAUGGUUACAACAUGUACAUUGCCGGCAGAUUCCUCCUCGGUUUCGGAAACAGUUUUGCCCAAAUGUCCUCGCCCCUGCUGCUCACGGAAAUCUGCCACCCGCAACACCGUGGACCCGUCACGGCCGUGUACAACUGUCUCUGGAACGCCGGCGCCCUCAUCGUGUCGUGCAUUGGCUGGGGCACGGCCACCAUUGCCAACGACUGGUCCUGGCGCUCCAUCACUUUCAUCCAGGUGGUACCCUCGCUGAUCCAGCUCGCCUUCAUCUACUGGAUCCCCGAGUCGCCCCGUUACCUGCUGUCCAAGGACCGCGAGGAGGAGGCCCUCAACAUGCUGGCCUACUACCACGGCUCCGGCGACCGCAACAACACGACGGUCCAGUUCGAGUUUCGCGAGAUUCGCGAGACCAUGCGUCUGGAAAAGGAGGCUGACCGCGCCACUGGCUACGCCGACUUCCUCCGCACCAAGGGAAAUCGGUGGCGAUUGGCCAUUCUCAUUUCUCUGGGUAUCAUUUCGCAGUACAGUGGAAACGCUCUGUUCUCCAACUACAUGAACACCAUCUACGAGGGUGCCGGUAUUGUGGUUCAGAACCAGAAGCUUGGUCUCAGCACCGGUAGAACUAUUUACGAUCUCAUCAUCACCAUUGUCGCCGCCAUGAACGUCGACCGCUUCGGUCGCCGCCCCCUCUUCCUCAUCUCGGCCGGCGGCAUGUGCUUUGCCUUUGUGUGCUGGACCAUUUGCGGCGCCGUCUACGAGAACUCGGGCGGCACCAACACGGGCUCGGGCUACGCCCAGCUCGUCUUCAUCUGGCUCUUUAGCGCCUUUUACGACAUGGGUUUCUCGGGUCUGCUCAUUGCCUAUGCCCUCGAGAUUCUGCCCUUUAGUCUCCGCGCCAAGGGCAUGAUGAUUAUGAACAUAACCGUCCAGGCCGUCCUGGCCCUCGGUAACCAGACCAACCAGCUUGCCUGGCUUAACCUGCCUCACCACUGGAACUUUAUGCUGUUUUACACUCUCUGGGACUUUUGCGAGUUCCUCUUUGUGUACUUUGUCUACGUCGAGACCAAGGGCCCGACCCUGGAAGAGAUUGCUCGCAUCUUCGAUGGUGCCGAUGCCAUUGCCCACAUCAACAUUCACCAGGUCGAAAAGGAGAUUCACGCCGAGGUCCACGAGGAGGCCUUCUCAUCUCCCAAGUCUGCUCUGUAA